ACAUCAGUACGCCCCGUCACUCCGCUCCACCCGACCGGCGGAAGUGCUGUGUUGGGCACUUCCGAUUGUUGUCUGGCUGGUUGUGUGGUGACUGCGUGGAGGCUCUCGGGGCGUCGCCGCCGCCAUGGCCGGCAUCAAAGCUCUGAUCAGUUUGUCUUUUGGGGGAGCAAUUGGGCUCAUGUUUUUGAUGCUGGGAUGUGCCCUUCCAUUAUACAACCAAUACUGGCCCCUGUUUGUUCUGUUUUUUUAUAUCCUUUCUCCCAUUCCAUACUGCAUUGCGAGAAGAUUAGUGGAUGACACAGAUGCUAUGAGCAAUGCUUGUAAGGAACUUGCCAUAUUUCUCACAACUGGCAUCGUUGUCUCUGCUUUUGGACUGCCUAUAGUAUUUGCCAGGGCACAUCUGAUUGAGUGGGGAGCUUGUGCCCUGGUUCUCACAGGCAACACCGUCAUCUUCGCAACAAUCCUAGGGUUUUUCUUGGUCUUUGGCAGCAAUGAUGACUUUAGCUGGCAGCAGUGGUAAAAAGGAACUCAGUUACCAAACUCUCCUAACCCGGACCUCUUGUUAUUCAGUGGCCAACAAUGCCAACUAGAGGCUGGACCAGAAGAGGAAGUGGUCAAGCAGGCCCCUGGGCGGCUGGUCUUCUGGGGGUGAACUCUCUUCUCAUCGAUGUGGAGUGGGAGAGCAUUUCCACGGGGACUUGCUGAAGGGUUCACAAACUUUUAUUUUUCCAAAGCUAGGGUUAACUCCUUGCUUAUCUGCUGAAUUGGGAUGUCUUACAUGUUGUCCCUGCUCAGUGUUUGCUCCUUAGGCCAUGCCCCUCUUUUAAUGGAAUAAACACCACUUGAGAAAGCCAAGUUUAGCACUGUACUCAAACAGGCCAAAGUCCUGGGCUCAAAGUCCAGUUUAUCCUCCAGAAAUCAUCUCUGAUUCCCACUAUGACUCCUGCGUUUGUUCAGAUAGGGUGUGUUUUUUCAAAUAGAAUGACAUUUCCCAUUCCUAGAUCGGCGUGUCAUGGAAGAAUCUGCAGCUGGCCAUACCUCAACAGGACUACUAAGUCCUAGUGCCCAGUUCCAGGGUGGGGAUUUUACCCAUGGGCAGGUGUUUUAAGUCAUGAAAAAUUAUUUUUGGAGUUAUUCAAAGGAGUGUUUGUUUCUCCUCUUGAUUGUUUCAUUGUUGAACUUCUGAUCUGGGGUUGGACAAAGAUCUUUUAUGCCUGGUUUUUAUUUGUGUUUCUUGUGGUUAUAAAUCAAUUGAUUAAGCUGUGUUGUGGGGAGCAACUGAUGUUGCAAUUCCAUUUUUAAAGGCCUGUUUCUAUUUAUACAUAAGAGUUUUGAUAUUGCCAGCUGCCUUUCAUGUUUUACUCCAGGUAAGAUGGACAUUUAUGGCACUACUGAUGAAAGUUUUAUGUUUGCAGCAUUUAGAAAGCCCUCCUGCCCCUGUGUCCCUUUUUAAGUUUAUUUUAUACAUAGUAUAUCUUCACUACAAUGACUUUUCAGAUGUAGUUUCAUAAUACUAGACUACCACCAAGAUUGCCAUCCCGGGCAGUCAAAGCAUUACAUUUUUUCUCUUUGCAAGUCCUGAAAUGAUUUCUUAAGUGAUUUGUCAGUCUUGCAACUCUUGCGUUGAUAAUUUUAUUGUUUAGUCAAUGACAGUUAGAGUUAGUGUUCUGUAAGGUUAGGCCACAUGUAACUUAAUAUUUAAGACAAGUUUCCUGCACACCUCUCAGAGGUCUCAUUGCCAUCCUGUCAGACAUGGGAUUUCCUUAGGCAUCCGUUUCGACAUGUAUUCAAUUCAUGUAAAGUCAUCGGCUGGCUGAAUGGCAGUUUUGGACACAAAGUUGACCCACAAAAUGCUUAGCUGCAUCUCUCUUUGCUGAGUGUGAUCAGAGUGUGUUGUGUGUGUGUGUGUGUGUGUGUGUGAGAGAGAGAGAGAGAGAGAGAUUUGUACUGUAUGAUAUAGUCAAUGCCUUGGAUGUCGUAGGCACAUCAUAACUGUUCAAUUGAACUCUCAAAAGCUACUUUUGAAAGAGUUCAAGUUAACUGACAGGCCUUCUUGUUUGGUUUCUUCAUUGUACUGAUGUAUAUACAGAAAAAUGGGUUCAUUCUUAGACUGAGGUGAAUGAUCAUGAUUGUUACUAUUUACUUUGUAUCAAGUUUAUUCCUGAAGGAAGUGGGAACAGAUGUUGGACACAUUCAGCUUCUUCCCGUAGAUGCACAAAAUCAUCCUGCAUGGUUUUUGUGGCUAGGAAGUGAGCAACAAGGCCAUAGGGACAGCUGAUGGACAGUAGACUAUGCACCUAGCAACUUCUCUUGUGGCUUCCCUCCUCCAUGGAUUGGACUGUUAAGAUGUCCUUGAUUCAUACCAGCCGGAGUAUGCCGAGGGCAUAUGCAUUAGCCAGCUGUGGGGUAUAUAUAUAUGCUGGAGACCUCGCCAUGCUUGUGACCUGCCCAGGCUUUAGUAGAGGACUCCUCAUCCCUAUCCCUCCCCUGUUUUCUGUUGUUCUUCCUCCUCCCAGAUGAUGUCAAGGCAGCAUACUGCUCCCUCCUGUUCAUUCACUUGGCCAUACUGUCUUUUUUCUAUGUAUACUAACUGCAGCAGCAACACUGGGUCUCAGGGCUUGCCCACUAGGCUUGACAUUGUGCUGUCUCUGGUUUCUAGGCUAAGAUAUUUAACAUAUGGCUUUUCCAUAGAAUAUGCACUGAUAGAGCAUUGCUGUCCCAGAGGGAAAACUUUUGAUGACAAAACAAUAAAGAUUUUAAGUAUUCA